CCAUAUUUUGGGCGAGCGGCCAGUCAGCCUGCUCGGCUACUGUGGCAUUGUAUUCUUUCAUUAUUUUCACCCAGUAUUCAAGACGCCAGCGUCAGUUGUGAGGGAGGUGGUGCUUCAUCUUUGAGGCAUCCUAGCUUUCUAUUAUUCACUCACCUUUUAAGUUCAACAUGUCUGCUUCACCUGACUCAUCAAAGAAAGGAUUAUUGCAACCAGGUCAGAUAAUUCGGCCAAUGAUAAAGCCAAGUGAUGUCCCAGCAUUAGUUCUGAAGCUCUUUGGUCUUACCACUGUAUCUGUCAAGGAGCUCAACAGUUAUGAUGACAAAAACUUCCAUAUAAAGGUAGAGUCAAGUAAAAACAAUCAGAAUAUUGAAGAACUGUCUCCAAAUGGAUAUGUGCUGAAAAUUCUAAACUCCAUGGACAGUAAGAAUGAGAAGAUUGUCUCAGCACAGAAUCAGAUGAUGCUAUUUCUUCAUUCCCGUGGCUUCAAUGUCCCUAAGCCUCAGAAGAAUAUUCAUGGAACUCACAUGAUCAUUGAAGAGAUCAACUUUCCUGUUGAUGAGUUUGUUGAAAAUAAUGAAAUUGAAAAGCAAAAUAAUCAGUACCUGGUAAGGUUGCUGACAUUCAUUCCUGGGAAGAUUCUACAUCAAGUUCUAUACACUACUGAUCUCGCUUAUGAAUGUGGUGUGUUCAUUGCAAAAUUAGACAAUGAACUUAUGAAAUUUCAAAAUGAAGACUUAAAAUCAAGACAGUUUAUCUGGAUGCUGGAAAACACCCCUGAAUUGUCCAAAUUUAUGUUUGCUGUAAGAGAUGAGAAGCACAACAAGUUGAUCCAAGAAAUAUUAGAGGCAUGGAAGAUGAAUGUUAUGCCACUAAUUCCCAGUCUAGAGAAAGGUAUGAUCCAUGGAGACUUCAAUGAGCAAAAUAUUCUUGUUAAUUCUGAGCCUCAUGACUCCACAACAUUCCACAUUAAUGGUCUUCUUGAUUUUGGAGACGUACAGCAUGGAUGUUAUGUGUUUGAGUUAGCUAUAGCUAUAAUGUACCAAAUGAUUGAAGUUACAUGUAUGCCCCCUAUUGAAUAUGGGGGACACAUAAUAGCUGGCUAUCUUACCCAAAGGACUAUUUCUGAAGAUGAGUGGAAUAUACUUAAGGAAUGUGUUGCUGCGCGUUUUGCUCAGAGUCUCGUAAUGGGCGCAUACAGCUAUGAGCAAGACCCUGGAAAUGAAUACCUGCUUGUCACUGCUGCUAAAGGGUGGGAUAUACUUGCUAACUUCUGGAAAACUCCAAAGGAAGAGAUCAUUAAUCAGUGGAAUGAAAGUAUCAAAUCCUAUCAAAAUAGACACAGUGUACCAAGCAUGAGGCAAUUACAAUGACAAUGUACGUAUUUCAUUACAAUUACUUUGCAUGAGUUCAUUUACAACUAUGUUUGUCAAACGAAGAUAUUUGGUUACAAUUGCAAUUAUAUUAAUUUGAAAAAUUUAAAACUUUCCUCUCUUAAAUAAUAUUAUUUUACACAAUAAUAAAUGCUUCUGAGUAUAAAGACAUCACAUUAAGCAACCUAAUCUACACAAAGUCAUGUACAGUACAGAUAUCCUCUUAUUUAUGAUGAGAUUAUGUUCACAGGUUGAAAAUUCGUAAAUCAGGAUUAUAAUCACUCAUAGGAGCAAUUUUGGUUUGUGCAGGACAAUAAGACCCUUGUUGUUGA